GUGAGGUCCCCGGCCUCUUUCAAAUCUCUUUUGGAAUGUUAAUGAUUUGGUUCUUUAAAAAAAAAAAAAAAAAAAAAACCGACCUGGAGCGGAACAAAAGGAAAAUGCAUGCUACACUUCUUUCCUGGUUUUCCGGCGUAAUCUGCUAUCGUGGCGUCACAUACUGCAUGCCGCCCUCGUCCUCUCGCAUGCCUGCCGCCUUCGCCGACACCAGAUCUGCGUAUGCAAGGUUUGAUUAGGUAAGCAUGGAAGGUUGUGCAAGUUGGUAUUCACAGCGUCCACCACCAGGGCAGUCGAACAGUUCUUCAAGAAAGGGAAACCAUGCACUGCAAGGACUGCACUUGCUUGCAUUGGACGGUGCAAAGAUCGAAGGAGAUGCAGCCAAGAGGAUGCUCCACAGGUACAGGGUGGAGAGUGGGAUACCUGGCGAUAAGGGGAUGGAGCCUGAUGGGGAGCGAGAUGGAGCAAUGUUGCAGGAAAUGGAGGCACAGCUCCGGCCACCGCCAGUGCCGGUGCCGGGGAGAGAGGCCCCGACAACAACGCAAGGUCACAGUGCUGCAGUGCCUGAUCCUGGAGGCCGUGCUUCUCAGGGACUUGACGCGGAGCAAUCGGAGGCUGUAGUGGCUGCUUACCCUUCUUGCCAGGCCUCCUCCUCCACCACCACUGCGAGGACGGGAAAGACAACACAGACCUCUAUCCGCAAGUGGGCAGAGAACACUGCGCAAAAGAGGAAGGCUUUGUUUCGGGCUGGGGUGCCCUUGAACUUUGUGCGGCAAGAGGAGACCAAAGCACUCCAUGACUUGUACAUGGAGUUGGGGCCACAAAAGGUAAAAACACGGAUGACUUCGUUCGACACUAUCCGGACCAUUGUGCUUGACGCCAUUUGCGAUGAGGUGAAGCAGACUGUGCGGCCAGUCAUGGAUAAGUGGGAUAUGUCAGGCUGCACACUCAUCACUGAUGGAUGCACGGAUAUUAAGUUCAGGCCGGUCCUGAACUUCAUUGGUGGAGGAGAGGGGGGGGCAGUACUUAUGAAGGUGGUCGACACGUCCAAUCGGAAAAAGAACGCCAUGGCUCUUGCCAAACUAUGGGAGGAGGUCAUAAGAGAUCAGAGUGCAGAGGGUGAACGCCAUCUGCACUGACAAUGCUAGUGUCAACAAAAGAGCCGCGUAGAU